GCGUCUUCUCGGGGAAGCCAUCAAGCUAAGAGAUUAGAGAGACCUAACUCUCGAGUCUCGACAAGAAUAUUACUGUACCUUGACUGGACACAGCCGGUCGAUUACCUGCUCCGUUUGUUUCUCUCGGUCACCCUGUUUAUAAAUUCUUUCGACCCACUCACUCUCUCUCUCUCUCUCCUUCUCUCAUUUGCUUCCUUGUUUCUUCUCCACUUGCCUCUGCUGCUCUCAAUCCGUAGAUCGAGCAUUUUCCUCACUGUUCUCUUCUUCGGGCCAGGUUCUUGAUCGAUCUAUUCUCGUUGGUUUUGGUUUGAGGAUCGGAAGGGUUUUGUUGUGUUUUGUAGCGAUUUCAGUCCACUUUCGGGGUUUAUUAGGGCAAACGAGGGGUUUUGCAGAAAAAUGGCAGCUUUUCGCGUCGAGGACUGAAAAGAGACAGCUUUAGAUGGAUGUUUUCAGCUACAGAGCUUCGGUCUUGGCAAUGUAGUACGAUAUCCCUGGGUUUCUAUAGUUUUCUGAAGCUGGUUUAAAUGGUUCUUUGUCAGUGAGGCGUCUCAGUGGCUUGAAUUAGCUCUAGGUUUUGGUCAAAGUUGGAGGAAUUUCGCUUGCUUGAUAUGGAUGUAUUUUCUAGGGUUUUGGUUUAGCGGACUUUAAGUAGCAGUGGAUAAUGGAGCUCUCAGGGCCGUUGAUUUAAUCUUAGGCUCAUUUGGUCAAAGGAGCUGCAAUACUGGCGAUUUCUGUAGUCUGUGAGUCUAAAGUGAGGAUUUUCGCUGGAUUUGUGUCCGAGAUGGUGAAUGGUGAUUUCUAGCAGUUGAAUUGGACCUAAAUCUCUCAAAAGUGGAGAAAUCCGGAGAUUUUUCAAGCGAAAAGCUGAGAUCUGAGGAGAAUAAGGGAGUUCUUUCCAUGUCGGGAGCUCCGAGAGUCAGGUCGAUGAAUGUAGCAGAUUCGGAUGCGCGGCCGGUCCUUGGACCUACGGGAAACAAGACAGGGUCGUUGGUUACACGGAAGCCAGUUUCCAAGCCUUUAAGGAAAGUGGAGAAAUCACCCGAGGUUGCAAAUGGGGAGAAGAAAACUCCGUCGUCUCCUGUUGCACCUUCACCACCUAAGCUCCAGUCUGCCAGCGUUCCGUCGAUUUUGCGGAGACAUGAAUUCUUGCACUCGAACUUGUCGCUUAAUGCGUCUUGCUCUUCCGAUGCUUCUUCUGAUUCGGUGUAUAGUCGAGCUUCUACUGGGAGGAUAAUUAGAACAAGUAGUACCACAAGCCGGAGGAAGCGCUCCAUUUCAAGGCCAGAAAAGGUUGCUCCUGAUAGCGUCUCAGAUUCUUCAUCUGAGAGCAUACAAACCAAAAGGAGGUGUGCUUGGGUGACACCAAAUACCGACCCUUGCUAUGCUGCUUUUCAUGAUGAAGAAUGGGGAGUUCCAGUUCAUGAUGACAAGAAACUGUUUGAGUUCCUCGUCCUAUCGGGUGCUUUGGCUGAACUUCCAUGGCCUGUCAUUUUAAGCAAGAGACACAUUUUUAGGGAAGUCUUUGCAGAUUUUGAUCCAGUUGCUGUCUCAAAAUUGAAUGAGAAGAAAAUCACAACACCAGGAGGUACGGCCAUCUCCUUAUUAUCAGAGUUAAAGCUGCGUGCCAUCAUCGAGAAUGCACGCCAAAUAUGCAAGGUUAUUGAUGAAUUUGGGUCAUUCAACAACUAUAUCUGGAGCUUUGUCAACCACAAGCCUAUAAUUAGCAAGUUCCGGUACCCCCGCCAAGUUCCGGUGAAGACUCCGAAAGCAGAUGUGAUAAGCAAGGACCUGGUUAGACGGGGUUUCCGGAGCGUGGGACCAACUGUCAUCUACUCGUUCAUGCAAGUUGCAGGAAUAACAAACGACCAUCUCAUAAAUUGCUUCAGAUACCAAGAAUGUAUCGACGCAACGGCAGCGAUCGAAGACGAAGGUAGCAAAGCUAAGGCCGAAGAGAAGAAGACCGAGGACAUAAUAAACUUAGAAUUGGGAAAGGCCAUUGAUGAGUUGAAUGUCUCGGAAGGGGUUGCCUUGCAGGUUUAACAUCGUUCUUGUACACCAUACCAUUAACAGGUAGUUGGGCUGCUCUUUCAUGAGAUGGGUGGUGGUUUGUGUAUAAAGAAAUUAUGAAUUCUUGUAUGAAUCUUUGUUUGUAGAUUAUAAAAAAGAGAAUUUGGUUGUCGGUGAUCA